GUGGAGCUAAAGGUGCCAGUUUUGCAGAAUCAUGUCAAAGCCUGUCCAAAUCUCUCCCGUUAUGUUUCAAAGGCGAUCCAACGAUUCUUCCCAAGUGACGUACGUGCUGAGGAACAUGUGAAAAGCAGAAAGAGUCACAGAAGCACAGAGAGGCGAGAAUCACCUCCUAAAGAUGAUGUACCUCAUAAAGGAAGAAAUAUGCUUCUCUCAGCACUUGUUGCAUUUUCAGCUAUGUUUGGAUAUGCUAUUGCAGCAGGUCUAGUUCAGGUAGACAUGGGAGAGCCACCAGCAGAAGAGGAGUAUGACUAUGAGUACGAGGAAUAUGAUAGUUCAGGAUCAAAUGACAGUUAGAAUAAUAAUAUAUAAUAUAUUGUGAAUGAGAGUAAAAUUUCUGUACAGCAUAUUUAGUCAUCAGUGUCAUACAGAUGUUACAUAUGGUAGUAAUAAAUAGCAACAUUUAUGAUGUGACAUCCAGUUCUAAAUUCUUGUAUUACCUAAACCAAUAUAUUUCAAAAAGGAAUGCUGAUGCAGUGUAUCCAAUAAAUAUUUGUAAAUAAUUAGACAUAAAUAUACAUAGAUGUAUGUGUGCUUGUUUGCAUAUUCUUGUCAGGAAGUUGGGGUGUUUGUAAGUUGUUACAUAUGGAUGCAUAGGUCUAUGUUUGUAUGUGUGUUCACAUGUGUAUUCAAAGCACAUGCAUAUAAGUACCUGUACAUGUAUGCCUGCAUGCCCAUACACAUAUAUGUAUAUACAUGUAUAUAAAAGGACAUGCAUACAUUUCUUUAUCUAUCUUUUAAACUUAGAUGUUAAUGCUCUUGGUAAAAGUGAAGAAAAUGCUUACUUGUAUUUGCUAUUUUUAUGCCCGUUACUUUUUUAUCAUUUUUGACUGUGCCAUAGGAAUAUUUUUUGCUCAAGAUGCUUUAGAGUAUGUGAAUGUAAUGGAAUUCAAGAUGGAGAAAAAAAUAAAUAAAAACAUAAACACAUAAAUUGUAAACAUAGAAGUCUUCUGUACCAGCAUUCCAGGAUUUUUAGUUGUGAUAUGGAUUUGCUCUGUAAUCAGAGCAGUUGAGCUGCUCUGUAUAGUAUAUAUUACAUGCUUUCUUUAAAAAAGUAAACAUUUGUUACAAAAAUAUUAGAAAAGUGUCACAUGCAUCUGAUGAUUGGUGGUUUGUAAUGAUAGAAAAAGAGAAUACAUGGGUUUUGGA